AUGCAAUGCCAGCACAAAGGCAAAGCGAUAAUUGGUAGGGCGCUGCAAUUGCUACAGAUUUGGGCAUGGUCACGGAUUACGCCACUUUGUCCUGGACUUGGUGUCCAAAGUCUAUUUAUGAGCCAAGUCCAAAUGAACAACAAUUGCUGGCUCCCAGCAACACCAUAUGGUGCUACUUGGAAUUGUCAGCACACUUUCACCACUACAGUACGGGGAACUAUCCGAGUCAUACGAGAAAUAUUGGAUGAGAUGCAGGCGGAUCAGUUCAUGUGGCAGCCGUAUGACAUGGACUCGGAUGUCAUUAUGGUUUACGCCGAUGAAUUGAACCCCCAGUUGUGGAGGUCAUCCGUUCCAUUGAUAUUCUACGCAAUAAUUGAAAUGCAUCGUCCCCAACGGGUUGUUCGCCAAUUCGGGAUGAGGCAAAAUGUACCAGACUCGAUGGAUACACGGGAUAUGAGCCUCUAUCAGAUUUUCCGUAAAAAUCACGCGGGCGUACCUGCAACACAUGCAAUAUAG